AUGGCGUCCAAGGCCGUUGCUGAGAUAGUCGAUGACAAGCAAUGCAGUAAAAGCGCCGCCGAGUCCUCCGAGGCCGCGCCUUCCAGGAGGCAGUCCGAGGAGCUAAUUGGGGGAGCAAGCAAAUCGGGGCCUGCCUCACCGAGAGCAGUUCCGCCAGGUGAUGUGGCCACGUCCAGUGGAGUGAAAGAACAAGAUAAGGACUGCAGUUCUGUUGAUGGCUCUGUGAAACUGGACGAAGAUGAAGACGCCGAGAAGAGCUCGCUGCGUGGGAGCGUCAAGGAUAGCUCGGUUUCUGCCAAGUUCAGCGACGGAGCAAGCAGCCUGACAAAGGCGAGCGGCAGCACCAAGGUCAGCGGCCACGCUGAUUUGGUCCAGAGCGGGAAGAGCAGCGUUUACAGGGCUAGCGCCGGCAGUGAUGUCAGUGAUGAUAGCACCUGUAGCAGUAUAUGCAGCAGCGCUAGCAAGCCUCACAAGUCCAAUGAUUCAAGGUGGGAGGCGAUUCAGGUGAUCCGAACCAAAGAAGGUUCGCUAGGAUUGAGUCACUUCAGGCUGCUUAAGAGGCUUGGCUGUGGUGACAUUGGCAGUGUUUACUUAUCAGAGCUUAGUGGCACGAAAUGCUACUUUGCUAUGAAGAUCAUGGACAAGGCAUCUCUAGCUGGCCGCAAAAAGCUUCUUAGAGCACAGACUGAAAGGGAGAUAUUGCAGUGCUUAGACCAUCCUUUUCUUCCGACUUUGUACACCCACUUUGAGACUGAUAAAUUCUCAUGCUUGGUGAUGGAGUUUUGCCCUGGAGGAGACCUUCAUACCCUAAGGCAGAAGCAGCCUGGGAAGUAUUUCCCCGAACAAGCUGCCAAGUUUUAUGUAGCAGAAGUGCUUCUUGCUCUAGAAUACCUGCACAUGCUCGGUAUCAUAUAUCGGGACCUCAAGCCAGAGAAUGUUCUUGUGAGAGAAGAUGGCCACAUCAUGCUGUCAGAUUUUGAUUUGUCCCUUCGUUGUGAUGUGAACCCUACACUUCUUAAAUCUUCCAACCCUGGUGUAGAUCCUAACCAAAAGGGCAAUCAAGCUUAUUGUGUACAACCCGUGUGCAUUGAGCCAGCCUGUAUCCAGCCUGCUUGCGUUACGACAACCACAUGCUUCUCUCCUCGCUUUUUCUCCUCCAAGUCCAAGAGGGAGAAGAAGGAAAAGAAGGCAAAGGCAGACAUGGCAACCCAGGUCAGACCGCUCCCUGAGCUUGUUGCAGAGCCCACAGAUGCAAGGUCUAUGUCAUUCGUAGGCACCCAUGAAUACUUGGCACCUGAGAUCAUAAAGGGUGAGGGACAUGGGAGUGCUGUGGACUGGUGGACUUUUGGCAUAUUCUUGUAUGAACUUCUUUUCGGCAAGACUCCAUUCAAAGGUUCAGGGAACAGGGCAACGCUAUUCAAUGUUGUUGGCCAGCCCCUCAGGUUCCCAGAAUCACCUGUUGUGGGUUUUGCUGCAAGGGAUCUCAUAAGGGGGUUGCUGAUCAAGGAGCCGCAGCAUCGAUUGGCGUACAAACGUGGAGCUACAGAAAUAAAGCAGCACCCGUUCUUUGAAGGUGUUAACUGGGCAUUGAUAAGGUGCGCUACUCCUCCAGAUAUCCCCAAGCCAGUUGAAAUCCCUCGGCCAGGAGCCUCGACAAGUCAGAAGGCAACACCGUCAGCCGAGAAAGGUCCAGACAAUUAUCUUGAAUUUGAUUUCUUUUAG